GUGGGGGAGGGGGGGGGGUUAUAAAACAUAAAAUGACACAAGUAAUCAUUUAGAAAAUAAAAUUAGGUGAUGCCCAAAAAAUUAGGUUUUUCAUUGUCAUUGAGCAAGGAUUUUGCUUUUGAAAGCGAUUCAACAUUUCUGCUAUAAGGCAUGAUGGUGGAAUCAAGUGAGUAUCCAGUUCGUCCUGGUAUAAAAGAUUGUCAGUUUUAUCUAAGAACUGGUAGAUGCGGCUACGGAGAAAAUUGUUGCUACAAUCAUCCAAAGGAGAUACCAACAGGGAAGAUUAAUAUGCCAAAGUGUAAGUUUUUUCUGAGAGGAAAAUGUAAGAACGGCUCACAUUGUGAUUUUGAUCACUCAAAGGAAGGGGAUCGUGCAGAACAUACGCGUCAGGGCCAGAAAAGAUACAGAACUGAGUCAACGUCAAGGUCAAGUCCAGAGAAGAGGAAACAUAGGCAGGGAGAUAUUGAGAAGCAGAGUACAGAGGCUGAAGACAUUCCGCAGGGAGAAAAACUGAGGGAGAUGCAAGAGAAUGAUAAUGAUCAACAGAAACUAGUGGAACAGAGAAAGAGAGAUAUUGAGAGGCAGAGGAGAGAGGCUCGUUUGAGUCUUGAGCAGAUCAAACCAACAGUUUAUUUUGAUGAAGCCAUUCGCAUCAGAGAGAUAUUAGCAGAAUUUGGAUUCAUACAUACAGAAGGCGAUGGAUUAUAAUAGUUACGAAGAUACAAAAGAGAAUUCCAGCUUCUUGGAACACAAGAAACUGAUGCGUUGUGAAGCUUUCGUUUUUUUAACCUCGUGGUUGUUGUAUUGAUUAAACUACCGAAUAAAUACUGAGAUUGGGAUACAUUUGAGCAUAUAUGCUCUGGAGAUAAGCCAGUAAAAACAAAAAGUAGAUCAAAAGUUAAUAUCAAAACUUUUAUUUUA